AUGGGUUUACUCGCGCUUGGCACACCACUGGCAUGGCCAGAAGCAAAAAAGAGAGCCGGCCAGGUGAGGGAAUGGGGUAUCGAGCAACUACUCGCCAUAUGGAAGAAGGCCCGGGGAAAGGAGCGGGAUGCGCUGUUGUGGGGUGAUGAGGUUGAAUAUCUCGUCGUUGCGGUUGACGAUAAGGAGGAGAAAGUGCGGCUGUCGCUGUGCCAGGCAGAGAUCCUCAAGGCACUUGCGCAGGAUGCAGAGCUCUCCAAGAAGACUGCUGUCAACGGAGACGCUUCAGAAAAGGAGCCUCUGCCGACUUUCCACCCUGAGUUCGGCCGUUUCAUGCUCGAAGCCACACCGGGGAAGCCAUGGGGAAUCGGCUUCAAGGAACUGCUCAAGGUGGAGUCCAACAUGAAAUGGAGACGAGUUACGGCUAAGAACCAUAUGGCUGCAAACGAAUACCCCAUCACGCUCACUACAUUUCCCCGUCUGGGGUGCAGUGAUGACUUUACCUGCCCAUCAUACCCGCUGUCAGGUCCAGCUCUGCGCUCACAGUUUGUACCUGACGAGAUAGCAAACCCUCACAUCAGAUUCCCGACUCUGGCUGCCAACAUCCGUUCGCGCAGAGGGAGGAAGGUUGAGCUAAACGUGCCCGUGUUUAGAGACAUAAAUACCCCAUGGCCGUUCAAGGAUCCUACAGUCAACUACGACCUGCAUAACUGGCCGGAAGAUGACGAUGUGCGGAACGGAGCCGCAAAGGAAGGCCAUGUAUACAUGGAUGCCAUGGCCUUUGGAAUGGGUAGCUGUUGUCUACAGAUUACCUUCCAAUGCAAAAAUAUUACCGAGGGGAGAAAACUAUACGAUCAGCUCAGUCCUCUGGGCCCCAUCAUGUUGGCUCUAACCGGGUCAACACCUGUAUAUAAGGGGUUCCUGGUCGACACCGAUGUCAGAUGGAACCAGAUUGGCAAUGCAGUUGACUGCAGAACACGAGAGGAACUAGGAGAAGUUCCCCUUAAGAACGACAGAUGGCGCAUCCCAAAGUCGAGGUAUGCGUCGAACUCAACAUAUAUAUCACAAGACCCCCAUUUACGGCCUGAGUACAUGGACCCCGACCUCGUCAUCGACGAAGAUAUUAAAAAGAAACUGAUGGACGGUGGCAUGGACGAACUCCUCGCAACUCACUUCGCCCACCUGUUCAUCCGCGACCCCAUCGUCAUCUUCAACGAAGAUCUCCAGGAACUCGACCUCACGAAGACAGACCACUUCGAGAACCUCCAGUCAACCAACUGGCAGCACAUCCGCUUCAAACCCCCACCCGCUGACAACGACAUAGGCUGGCGCGUCGAAUUCCGGCCCAUGGAAAUCCAAAUCACCGAUUUCGAAAACGCCGCCUUCAGCAUCUUCAUGGUCCUAAUCACCCGCGCUAUCCUAAGCUUCGACCUAAACUUCUACAUCCCCAUACCCCGAACAACAGAGAACAUGGAGAUAGCCCACGCUCGUAACGCCGUGCUUGAUGAGAAAUUCUAUUUCCGCAAGGAUCCUUUCCCACAUCGGUAUCCGAGAUCCCAGCGUCAUCAGCAAUCCCGGCCCCCGUCACCUCCCGGUGGUUCGGCCUCCGACCCGCCCUCACCACCUCCUUCAACGACACCUUCGUCUCCGCUCCUACAGCCCAUUGAGUCAGAGUACACUCUCAUGAGCGUUAAUGAUAUCAUCAACGGCUCCCCAGAUGGGUUCCCGGGCCUCAUCCCGCUGGUAGAAUCAUACCUAGACAGUCUCAACGUCGAUGUCGAGACGAGAUGCGCACUAGCCAAAUAUCUCGACCUUAUCCGUCGUCGUGCAGAUGGUUCGCUUUGGACCAACGCCAAAUGGAUAAGGGAAUUUGUUGCAAAGCAUCCCGAUUAUAAGCAGGAUAGUGUUGUUUCGGCCAAAAUUAGCUAUGAUCUCGUCAAGGCCGUGGAGGAGAUUACGGAGAAGGAAGGGAAGGAUGGAAGUAUAGGGUGGGAAAUGUUUACUGCAAAGAAACGGUAA